AUGUUCAAUGCGAUUAAGAAGUGCUCUUUGGAGAAGAACAAGAAAACUCGGGGAGGUCAGUUCGAAGAUGGGUUCAUAGAAGAUGUGAAAGCAUUGCUCCGUUUGAUUCCAUUAUUCUCACUCAUUAUCCCCUUCGUUAUUGCUUACGUCAAUCUCUCCACUGCUUACCUCACACAAGCACAGAAGAUGGACAGGCGGUUGUUCAACUGGAAGAUCCCUGCUGCACUGAUGCAAAAUGUCGACCCGAUCGCCGUCGUGAUCAACUCUAUAUUAAUCAGCUCCAUUCUCUACCCACUCUUGAAGAGGCGUGGUAUUGUACUAUCGGUGCUCUUGAGGUCCUUCAUUGGAAGUGUUCUCGGUGUAGUUUCAUUGGUAUCCGCCCUCAUAGUCGAACUACAGAUCAAGUCAAGACCACUUUUCACUGUGUCGAUAUGGUGGCAAGUCGUGCAGUUCUGGCUCGUUGCAGCAGGCGAGAUUUUCCUCAUCUCAACAUCUUAUGAGAUUGCAUUCACAUUGUCACCAAGCUCGUUGAAGGCAGUCGCAUCGGCGGUGAAUUUGUUAUUCUUCGCCGUUGGAUAUGCGCUCUCCGGAGUGAUCUUCCAGCUAUGUGCUCCGUGGUUGCCCAAUUUCGAUCCGGCAAACCCGACUGUGAUAUCUCACAAGGGAGCCCAUUACGAAUACUUUUAUCUAGUUCUCAUCGCGCUGUGCUGCAUCGGAGCAGCUGCAUGCUUAGCACUCAUGCCUUACUUCAAGCGAGUCGCUAAGGCUAAUAGAGAACUGCUCGAAGCUGUUCGGAAGGAAGAGGUUACCGAGGAAGAUUCAACAAAAGUCUGAAACGCUGCAGUGGAUUAGACCCUAGACUUUCGUGCCUUCACUUCAGGAAUGUUCAUUUGCUCUGCCGCUAUAUUCGACAACUCUUUGCGUUACUCGCACAUUUUCCCGUAGGAUGGAGUAUUCGGGGUGAAAGAUCCUUCGCAGUAGUCUACUCCUAGCGGGUCUAGGAUGUUUAUCGAUUUCAGUCCAGCCAGAACAGGCUUGUAAUACAUCAUCCGU